AUGGACCGAGUGACUCGAUAUCCCAUCUUUGGCAUCCCUCACUCGCCUCGCGUCACCAGCCAGGUGUUCGAUGAGGACAUUAGCUACUCCUUCCAGCUGGUGGGUGUGGGGCCCGAGGUGACGGGUGGGGGCCAGGAUGAGACAUUCAUCUGGCCCAGUGACCAUGGGACUCAACUGGACACAGAGAAGGCUGGAAGGCCCCACAACCUCCAUGCCACCCCUGACCUGCUGUCCUCACGGCCACUCCACACCAGUGACAAGGACAAGGGGCUGAAUGCUGACCACCUGGACAGUGUCAGGGGCGCGUCCCCCAGGUGGUUGAGUGACCUGGAGCGAGAGCGGCAGGCUGUGAUCCAGAACCAGGUGGUCAGGAGGCGUGGCACAGUGGCCACGCAGCGCAGCUCCACUGACCAGGUGGAUGGGGCCCUGGCUCGCACUCUGCCGGAGCCCGUGGUGGACACCGAGCAAAUCGACUUCCUGGCAGCUCGAAGGCAGUUCCUGAACCUGGAGCAGGCCAACACGGGGACUCCUCAGAAGCCUUGGCGCUUGGAGGACCCUGGGGGUGCCGCCUUAGGGAUCAGCAAGGCCCCCAAGGUCUCAGAUGGGCUCCACCUGGCCAACGGCUAUGGGGUCCCUACGCGGCCCCACGUGAAGGAGGUGGCAGAAGACAGGAGGGUCCGCAGUUCAUCAGCUGUGCUCAGUGUCCCUGCUGCCCGCCCACCUGGUGACCAGCCCACAGCGGUGUCUCCACCUCGUGCCCAGGAGACCCCUAUUGAGCGCGAGAUCCGGCUGGCCCAGGAGCGCGAGGCUGACCUGCGGGAACAACGAGGCCUGCAGCCCAAGGCCGGCCACCAGGAGCUGGUAGAGAUUCCCACCAGGUCGCUGCUGGCCACCGUGGGUCUGGCCCCUGCUCCGCGGCGAGAGAGGGGCCGCCCAUCGCUCUAUGUGCAACGGGACAUGGUGCAGGAGACGCUGCGUGAGGAGGACCACCGGCGGCAGGGGUUGCAGGGGGUUAGGCCGGCCACACCCGACUGGUCCUCCAGCGACCCCCAGCCCAGCCUCAGGCGGGCCUUCAGCUCCGACUCCAUCCUGGACCUGGUCCCGAACACCAGCACCGUGGAAACUGCCCCAGAGGUGAGACGGGUCAGCCGAAUUCCGUUCAGCGCCUAUGAGCCAUACCUGAGCUCAGAGCCCCCUAGGCGGGACCGCCCAGCCAGGCCCAGUCCUCUGUCCACACCCGAGGAGAAGGCACAGGCCUCUCCGAAGGCCAGGGGGUCUCAGCUGCUCACCUCUAAGUCCUCCGCAAGCCCCUCGAGCGCAAAGCAGGAGCGCUCGAAGGCCCUGCGGGGACCCCCUCCCUCCGGCGGGGCCAUUGUGCGCCCUCAGUACUUCCGCCUGCGGCCCCUGCGCUUCGGGGUGCCCGAUGUGAAGCAGCCUGAGGUCCCCCGGGCCCGGGGCUGGGAGGCAGCCGAGGCGCCCGCAAUGCGGCUGCACAGGUCCGCGUCAUCGGAGCUCCUGGAGCGGGAGGUGGAGAGCGCGCUGCGGCGGGAGCGCGAGGUGGCAGAGGAGCGCAGGGCGGCCCUCUUUCCGGAGGUGUUCUGCCCCACGCCCGCAGACGAGGACCCUGGCGAGGAUCAGGCGGAGGACCAGGACGCCUGGGACCAGCACUCCAGGGCCUCCUCCCGCGCGUCCGGUGUCACGGGCAGCUACUCCGUGUCUGAACCGUUCACCUUCUCCCCUGUCCACCUGCACUCGGGCCUCGUGUGGACAGUGGAUGCUGAGGCUGAGCCCCUGGAAGCCCUCCCAAAGGACGCUUCAUGGCAGAGGAAAGGUCACCACCAGUGGUACGCUGGCAUCGACCCCUCGGACCACGUCAACUCAGAGAUACUGGAAGCCACACGGGUGACCCGCCACAAGAACAUCAUGGCGGAACGCUGGGAAGCCCAUAUCUACGCCAGCGAGGAUGAGGACUGA